CCCCAUGCCGCGCAUCGCCCUGCUGGCGCUUAUUGGCCUGCCGGGGGCGGGCAAAUCCUCGCUCUGCAACUGGCUCGUGAGCCAACAAAGUGCCCAUCGCGGCCGUUACAUCGUCCACUUGUGCUAUGAUGACCUCCUCGACACCCGGCUGGCUUACAAAGACCAGCGCGCUCUUGUUUUCAGGAUCCUCCAACAACUCAUUUCCGCCAUUCAAGAUGCUGCUGAGUGGCCCGCUCAGGUACCACGAACUACCUCCUCCGACAGCAGCAACACAGACUACAUAAUAUUGUGCGACGACAACUUCUACUACCGUAGUAUGCGCUACAAACUCCAUCAGCUUAGCCGUUCAGAGGGCUGCAUUUACGGACAGAUAUACGUGGCCAGUUCGCUCUCGUCCUGUCUACAGAACAACUCUCAGCGCUGUGGAAACACUAGAGUGCCCGAUCACGUAAUCCGACAGAUGCAAGACCGGCUGGAGCUGCCAUCUUCAGCUGCCUGGGAAUGCCAAACUCUUAAGAUUUGCGACGUCAGCUCCGAAUCAACACGCUUAUCUGUAAUGGGAUUCAUAGACACCCUGUUGGAAAGGGCUACGGGGGAGAUGCCACAAGUGCCAGUGCAGUCACAGCCACACACACAGUCUACGGCUCACCAGCUGGACCUGUUACUGCGGGCCCGCAUAAAGACAAUAAUGGAAGGACUAACCGAACCGGGCGAAAAACAAGAGGCGAGCGGUCGAUUGAACGGGCAGCGUAAGCAAAUACUGACGCAUUUCCGAGCGGAGGAUGACGGCAUGCAGACAGACUUGAAUUGCUACGUAAAAUUGUUAAAUUAAGCUAAGGAUAGACUAAAUCGUUUGUAUGCAACACUUUCACACAGUGAUAAAUACACAGCCAUGUACAUA